UCUGAACGAGCGACCUCGCAGUCGAGUGCGAGACGCCGUGCAAGUAACAUCGCGUUAUAUGCCGCGUCCUUUUUCUUCACGAUUUUUCCCUUAAUUUUUUAAUGGUUCAUUCCUUCAAAUUUUGCAUCAACACACAGUUUCGAGACUCUUUAAGAUCAUUUUGGAAAUAAUUGAAAAGAACGUAAGGAACAAUCGUUUAAUUUGUUUACGCGGGAAUUAUUAAGAAAUCGGACAUAUCUGUUCGGUAUAUUCGACCCUUUGAGCCUAAAGGCGAAUACGGACGAGAAACAACAAAGCCAACAAUAGAAAGUUGCGAAAUUGCAAUUUUAUUUUUCAAGUUACGAAGAAAUAUGGAUAUAUUACAAGUUUUUUGACAUCAUUAUUAUUGUUUUUUCCUUUACUUAUUUAUCCUUUUCUAGUUGAUUUAAUUGUUUUAUUAUUUGUUCUAAAAGAAAGCAGUUGAAUAGCAUAUUUAGUGGAAAGUGUAUCGACGAAAGUUUCGAACGGCGUUCACGGCCAACCUGUUAGUCAUGUGAGAACGGUAAAAACCAUUCUGGCAGGAACUCUGGAAGAGCAGUUUCUCGGAAACGGCCGUCAGAAUAGUAAUAACGAUGUAGUGAAACCUGCUUCUCGCCGAGCAAGGAUACGCGUUGUUUCGACGAUCGUCCCUUUGAUCGCUCGUGCGCUAUAGUUCGUAUGCCGUUUUCACGAACGGUACCUCUUUAUUAUACAUAUGUAUGUGCAAAAUGAUAUCGUUUUUAAAAAGACAGCAUUCUUGCAAUUGUUUCAACGCGAUAUUGUAAGACUAUUGAACGUAACGAAAAGAACAAAAAUAAGAGAAUAUUACUAGAAAGAAGUGAAUCAUUUGUUCACGGACAUGCAACUAUUUUGCAACAGUUCUGGAUGGCGCGGUAGAAAGGCAGGCAUGAACGCACACCUGACGAACGGAUUCCUAAUGUUUGCCCUCGUCAUCGUCGCGACGAUGCGGGACGAUGCGACCGUGCUCGGUUAUUCCGGCGCCCCUUUGGUCAUGGAUCAGGACAUCCCUUUGAGAACUUGCCGAUAUAGCAGGAUACACUCGAUGAUUCAAGUUCGUUGCGCGAAUCUGGGUCUCGAAAGGAUCCCCUCCAAUUUGAAGACGGAAAUUCAGAUCCUGGACGUGUCGGUGAACAGGGUACGAGUGUUGACGAACGACAGCCUGGCCCCGUACACGAAUCUAGCCUACCUUUACCUGAGGGACAAUUUUAUCCAGGAAAUUCAAGAGGCGGCAUUCGACAAUCUCCGGUACCUGAAGAUGCUCGACCUCUCGACGAACGGGUGCGACACCCUGCCGAAGAGCCUCUUCCGUUUACCGUACCUUCAGAAUCUGUAUCUGUCGAAGAACAGAUUGGGCGACGAGCUGUUCGAACGAGUGGACGUUAAAUCCCCCCUAAUUCUGCUACAACUGUCGAAGAACAGGUUAGGUAGGGUGCCGUCGUUGGGUCCCGUCCCCACUCUCACCUACUUGAACGUGUCCGACAACAACAUCGGUUCCGUCUCGCCGGAGGAUCUGGCCCCCUUCUGCUCCCUGAAGAAACUCGAUCUCACCAAGAAUCCGAUCAAGUUCGACGCGGGCAGCUGCGAGUGCCACACGUUCAACGCGUGGCUGCACGCGCGUGAAAUCGUCUCGAGGCCGGUGUACAAUUGCAGCGAGGAGCGGGCAAAGGGGGAGUGCGCGAGGCAGGAGUUCACGAACCGGACGAUGGAAUUGCACGAGAGGUGCACGGAAAUCCUGCGGUUGCAGGUCGAGACGGAGAAGGCGAGGAACACGUGGAUAUUGAUCGCCUGUUGCAUAUCCGGCUUCCUAUUUUGCCUCUUCGUCGGCCUGUUCUGCGUGCACAAGAAAAACAAACGGAGGAGGAAGAAGCUGAAGGAGGAGCAGAAAUUGAACGCGAACAACGCCAACACCGAGCUGCUCAACAGCAAUUUGAACCAGCCCGAGAAUACUUGAAACCCGGGCGGAACGUGCGGACGAGAUUCUGUCAGAUACCUACCCGACGAUUUCGACUAUUGUGUUCAAUCCACGAGAAGAAAGGAGUGAAAACGCGUGCGACGGAUGAUUCUGUAAUGUAGGCGUGACCGUUAGUGUAAGAACGAGAGAGAACGCCGAAACGCGGUGAAGAAUUCAUUCACAUACACUUUGUGUGGAAACCGAUACGAAAAUUUCAUUCCGCGCGAAUUUGUAAGGAAAUUCGUUCGGAAGACAUAUUGUGCGCUUGUUUCUGCGAUAAUUUCUGUCGUGCGAAUACCGUCGCAGGUUAAUGCAGAGUCGGUCGAGACGUGUGUGUAUAUUUCUAGUAACUUUUUCUGAAACUAGAGGGCCUUGUUCGAACGAAUUUAAUAAAGAAACGUGCAGAGAGAUUUGAAACUGUGGUGGAGUAAUAAGAAUCGUAUGAGAGAGCAGUUUACGAUAUCCUUGCUAGGUUAUUGACAUCUGUUAAAAAUUGUUAAUAUAUUGUAAAGAAUUUAGAAGAGAACAUUUUUGAAAUUUUGCGACUCGGAGAGUGGUGAGAUAGGAAAAAACGAUGAAACAAAAUAAAUCGUUAAAUAAAUAUAUAUCUGUGUUCUGAAAAAAUAAUAAUAAUAAUGAUACGAUCUCGAUUAUGAUUCGAUAACAUCGGUAAUCUGCGAAUUUAAUCGAAAACCGAUAUCCCGAAUUUCCGUUGAUUCCUAUUUCUACUAGCAACAACUCUGAUUGUCGUUUACGAUAGUGGAAUUUCGAUAUUCGUGGUAUACGUAUUAACUCACAGUUGGAAUGGAUUUCGAAAAUUAUAAGCUAGCCAGAUAUAUGUGUAAGUAAAAAAAAAAAUUUGCGAACAUCGAUCGAAAACGGUACGUUUUUAAUCUCGUAUCGAUAUUCAUAUCAUUUUCGAUAUAAUUCUCGUUGUAUCUUUUAAACUUGAUUUCAUUCAAAGAGCAAAAAAAAAUGCAAUAUCGGUUCCAUCGAAUUUUACUUCGAAGAUUAUUCUUCUCGUGUUACGUGAUACUAUAUUCUAGGUAUAUACAUAUAAGCUUUACAUAUGUAUAUGUUAAUAUAUGCCUACAUAUUAAUACAUAGGUGCAUACAGGAUGCACGUAUGUACGUACAUACAUGUUAUAUAUCAUAUUUAUUUAUAUUUAAUGAAAAAUAUUUUCUAUUAUUUUUACAUUUGAGUUUUAAAACUUAUUUAUGCUUUUUCUUUUCUUUUUUUUUUUUUUUUAAUUACAAAUUUGCGUUCUCUGUGAAUUAAUAGAAAAUUUGAUGUUAUUGCCUUUUACGAAAAGUGCCAAAUAUCCAAUCCGUUAAAUUAAUCCAUUUUUUUUAGUUCAAAGUGCGACAUACGAAGAAAAAAAUGUUAUAUUAUACGAAGAUUAAGAUACUACUGCAUAGUUCCUAAUAUUUGUACAAUUCUUUUAAUUAUUAUUUUUUUUUUUUUUUAACAGCGUGUAGCAAUUAUUUUAUUUAAACGAAGUUAUUAUUCUUUCUUUCGAGAAUUUGUAAUGAUAAAAAAACGAUAGAGCAAAGUUCGAGUCGAUAGUCCAUGUUUAGAUUUUGAAUUAAUAGCGAGUAAGAAACGAAGCUGUAACCUGCCGAUCAACAAAGAUUCUUUGUAUGCGUACUUAUUUGUACUUAAUAUAUAUAUAUAUACAUUUAUA